AUAAGCAGAGGGAGCUCUCCUAGUGCUGAAAACAGUCUGUAAACUCGGAGUGAAUGGAUAUAGUCAAUAUCAUGCUUUAGGUUGCCUCAGACACAGGAAACAUUUCAAAUAUGGCUGAUAAAAUCUCCUGGCUUGGAAUACUUUUGCCUCUUGGCCAAGUUUUUCUGCUAAUCUCUUAUGCCAAUGCUGCUUCAUUUCAAAGUUUUCAAAACAUUCAAAAUGAUCCAGACUAUCUAAUGAAAAACCUACAAAGGCUUCCAAGCCCAGAUAUGAUCAAAGCUCUGGAAUACAUAGAAAAUCUAAGAAAACAAACCAGCAAUAUAGAAACAAGUCCAGAUUAUAAUUCCUUUCAAAAUGCUCCAUUUGUUCUACAGUCAAAAGAAAGCAAAAGCCAACACUAUUUACCCAACAACCAAAGGGAGUUUUUCCCAGAAGAUGAUUCCCAGUGGGUUAAGACAAUGUUGGAAACCAUAAAACAAAGAGAGAAAGAAUCAAAAGUUGUCUCAAAAGAAAAUAAACUUAAUCCCCUGAAUUCAGACAAUAUAUUUCUGGAUGGAAUAAUGGAUGAUUAUGAUGAUCGUACUUGGCCUGCUCCAACACAUAAAAAUUUUGAGGUUCCACAUACCUAUUUUGAAGAAAAUUCAAGAGAUAGUCCUUAUAAAAGAACAAAUGAAAUAGUAGAAGAACAGUACACACCUCAAAGUCUUGCCACCUUAGAAUCUGUAUUUCAGGAGCUGGGAAAAAUGAUGGCACCUCAUAUUCUAAACAAAGGAAGGUUUAAUGAGGAACAAAAGCUAUACGCUGAUGAGGAAGAUGACGCUUUUAAAGGAAAUAACAUUGCUUAUGAAGAUGUGGUUGGAGGAGAGGACUGGAACCCAAUAGAGGAAAAAGUGGAAAGUCAAACUCAAGAAGAAAUAAGAGAUAGUAAAGGAGAAAUUGAGAAAAAUGAAGAGAUAAACAAUGAAAUAAAGAGAGCGGGUACCUUGGAAGAUGACCUGAAAAAAGAGAAUAAAAAUCAAGUCCUGGAAGAUGUUUCACAGUUGAUGGAUUAUUAUUUGAAAAAGAUGAUGAAUAGACCAGGAGAUAAUAUAUUGGGAAUCAACCAAAAUGAAGACAAAAGGGCAGUCAAAUACUUUGAAAAACAGCUUGAUCCUCAAGCAGUUUAUCAGUUGAUAGAAAUCUCAAGAAAUUUACAAAUCCCACCUGAGGAUUUAAUUGAAAUGUUGAAAUCUGGAGAUACACAUCAGAAUGAAAAGGAAGAAGAACCUGAACUGACUGAAGAUAUUGAUGAAAUCCCUGAGAUUAAUUUAGAAAAGUCAGACUUAUUCAAAAAUAAGAUUAAUUCCUUACGUGGUUAUCAAAAGCAAAAAUUUAAUGUUUUGCAAGAUAACCUCCCAGAAGACCUGAAUGUUGAAGACAUUAUUAAUCUUUUAGGGAUGGAAAAUGUUGGUAAUCAAAAACCUCCUUAUCCUGGACAUCAAAUAAAUCAAGAAAAUGGAUUGCCAAAAUGGUACCUGCCUGCAAGUUCUGAUCAAAAUAUACUUUCCAAAGUGGCCUGGCUUAACCGUUUAGAGAGACAAAUGAAACAAGAAUCAUUGAAGGGAAAAGAAGAAGAGUUGUCAGACUACUUAGCCAAGAUGUUGACAAAGUAUCCUGAAGUUAUCAAUACAGGUCUGAAGAAAGAAAUUCCACUCACAGUUUCAUCUGAACACGACCAUCUAGACCAAAUAGGAAGUCAUGAACCAGAUACAUUCACUUUAUUAGGCAAAAGGCUGCCAAUGGUUAAAGAGAAUGAUAACACCCAGAACAGACCAUACAUGGAUGAAGAGAUGUUAACAAAAGUUCUGGAAUAUCUAAACCAGGAAAAGUCUGAAAAGGGAAGAGAACACAUUAAUAAAAGGGCAGUGGAAAACAUGUAGUUGUUUAAAAAUUAUUGUUCUCCUUGGAUUAAAUUCUACCCCAAUUCAGUUGUGAUUUACUUUUCUUUAAGAAUUUGAGGCAUG